AUGGAUAAAGUCCUUCAACGUGCGAAAGGCAUAUUUAAGAGGAAUCCUAACCCUCGACAAUUACCUCCUGGCUCAUUUCCUAAGGCAAACGCUGAUCGACAAGCACCAGGGACUAUUACAAAACCACCAGAUCAAACGGAUGAAGAUGAUGACGAAGAACUUCAAAGUUUGAAAAAUUAUAAUGUUCCACAACAAACUCAAUUGAGAGGACCCCCAAACACUACUGUGCCAUCACGCGAUACUAGUAACCGAAGUGGGAAUACAUACAAUAGUGCUUCACCUCUUCCAUCUAAUUCAUCAGGUCCUCCUAUUAUUCCAUUUCGUGGUACAUCAAGUGGUUUUGCACCCGAUUUACCAUAUAACAGUACUCCUAACAAUAUGAAUUCUACAUCUAAUCCUGGAACAGGAGGAGGCUUACCUUUUCUUCCACAAAUUCAAGAUGCUUCUUCUCGAACACCACUAAAUGAUAGAGGUCCUCCAAGAAAUAAUCCUCCACCAGAAAGAAAUAACCCUCCCCCACAACGAAAUAAUAUGCCUCCUCCUCCAACAAAUAAUCCUCCGCCACAACGAAAUAAUAUGCCUCCUCCUCCUCCAACAAAUAAUACUCCACCACCAUCCAACAAUUUUCCACCCGAUAGGAAUAACAAUCCAUCAAUAACUUCACCACCAAAUAAUUCUCGAUCUCCGUUGGAUAUUUUUCGAACUGGAAUGAACUUAAAUCCAACUUCACCACCUUCAGGAGCAAGAAAUUUGGAUCCAUCUUCAGCUAAUUCUCAGCCAGGUAUGAAUACACGACGACCUUCAAUGAAUGAUUCAAAUAAUUUCAAGAAUAACCAACAAAGAAACCGUCCAGCAUCACGUUCAUCAUCAUAUCGAUAUGACGAAAAUAAUAAUUAUAAUAAUGCUGAUGAUAAUGUAUCUCGUCUUGAACUUGAUUAUCCAAUUGAAAAUGUUCUAAUUGAUGCUAAUAUUCCUUCGGCAAUUGCUGUUAAAAUCAAUGAUGCUGUCGAACGAGAUCGUUUUGGUAAUACUCAUCAUGUUCAUCGUUAUACAUAUGAACCAUCAUCACAACAAAUGUCUUUUAAUAAUAAUAAUAAUCAACAUAAAGAUCGACAUGCAAAUGAUAAUUCUCAUCAUGGUGGUACUAGACAUAUACGUGAAAUUCAUAAUAAUAAUCAAAAUCCAUUAUAUAAUGAUAUCAAUCCACAAUCAUCACAUAAUCAUCAUCAUCAUCACCGUGAUCAUCAUAAUCAUCAUCAUCAGCGACGGCGACGUAGUUAUUCUGAUAUGCCAAUAGAUCAAUAUGUUGAUGAACUUCUUCGUACACCAGGCAGUACUGUUAUUCAUGCUAAAGAUUCUGAUGAUAUACAACGAAUACUUAAUCAACAUCUAUCAAAAACUCAGAACGCAUCUACACAACCAUUUCUAGAUUUAUUUCAACCAAAUAAUCAAACAAUACCUUCACAACCAUCAAUAAAUCCGUUUCAAUUAAACAAUCCAAUAAUACCUUUACAAACAUCAACAAAUUCGUUUCAACCAAGUAAUACUACUGCACCAGCACCUGUUUUUUACUAUACAGCACAAGCUUUACCGAACGAUCCAAUGCGAGCAUAUUAA